GAAGAGUACGUGUUCUCGUUCUGUUUGUUUUUCCGUUCGGUUCGGUUGUUUCGGUGGCAAUUCGGCAAGGAACCGGCAGAUUAUCUAUUUUCUCAGCGAAAUAUAUCCUCGAUAUGAAGUUUUUAACGGUGCAAAUCCUUUCAAUCGUUAUUCUUGCUACGAUCUAUCCGAGUCAAGCAAAUGGUGGUGAAGGAAAGUUAAAAAUUGGCGUCAAAAAACGCGUCGAAAACUGUGCGAUCCGUACCAAGAAAGGUGAUCUGGUGCACAUGCACUACACGGGAACCCUAGAAGAUGGCACGGAGUUUGACAGUAGCAUACCUCGCGGUGAGCCGCUUACCUUUACCCUUGGUAUGGGUCAGGUAAUCAAAGGCUGGGACCAGGGACUGCUGAACAUGUGCGAAGGUGAAAAACGAAAACUAGUCAUUCCUCCGGAGCUGGGCUACGGUGCGCGCGGUGCCGGAGAGAAGAUUCCUCCUAAUGCUGUGCUAGUCUUUGAAGUGGAAUUAGUAAAAAUCGAGCGUAAGACAGAACUGUAACUCGAACCGAUGUAGUUAGGACAGGACGCGGAAGUACUUCCUAAUACUUUUUAAUUGCUUUCCGGAUUAAUGCCAGCCGCUGUUUAUGUGCUUCGGUAACCGUUGCUCGUUUGUAAGGUCGUAGUUC